CGAUAUUUAUUUCACUUGUUAAAUAUUGUAUAAAUGUUGGGUUUUAAUUAUCCCUGCGGCAUUUUUUUUUAAAAAAAACCCCACCCUUUUUUAAAAAUUUUUUUCAACCCCAAAUUUACAAUAUUUUUCAUACCGUUUCGUCCAAUGAAAAGACUAUUUUCAUAAUUCGUUUCAAUUGGUUAGUCAUGUAUUGUCAAAUAGUUAUAAAAUAUCAGUACUUGUCGACGAAAUACAUUUUAAUCAUCAUUAUGGAGGAGAGUGACGUUCCGAGUACAAGCGCUGUUGUUUCUAACGUAACGGAAAUGGAGGAAGUCUUUUUGACUACAUUGUUUCUCGUUGCAUUCCCAUCGCUUGAAGCGUUGAAGUCCGCUAUCACAAAUUAUGAAAGAUCGACUUACAGUCAUUAUAUAGUUCGAGAUUCGCAUUUGAGCAGAGAUGAAAACUCGUAUAUUAAAUUUGUAUGCUGGUCAUAUAACAUCUAGCGGUUCGUCACGUCGUAUCAGACGGAGGAGGUAAAUUGAUUAAUGUUAUUAAAAUUUUUGGUCAUGAAGAGCUUCCAUGAACACUCAAUGCCCGGCCUUCAUAUAUUGUAAGAUCAUAGACGGCUACUGGACUGUUGUACGUGGGAAUGUGCAUCACAACCACGAGUGCAAUUCCCUGAGGUACCAAGGUAAUUCAUGGGUGCGCAGGUUAACGGAUGGGGAGUUUCAAAUUGUGAGACCGCUGCUGAUAUCUGGUACCGCUGCAUUCCAUAUAAAGAAUUUUGCUUACCAAUCUUUUGGGAAACGUCUGACAGAUCAAGAUGUCUGUAAUAUGCGGUACAAAGUGUUCUCACGUGCGAACCUUCCUGGUGAUUACGGAAAAUUACAAGCUCACAUAACAUCCUUGGGCGGGCUUUGCGAAUACGAACUAAACGAUGAUAACUGUCUAUCGUAUUUUUUCCUCAUGACUGCUGAGCGAAUGAAUUUGACAGUUCGUUUCUGUGAUGUUAUUGGUUUUGACGGGACGUACAAGACGAAUAACGAGAACGUCUAUUUAUAUCAGGUCGUAGCCCUUGAUAUGAAUUUUAAGGCAAUACCCGUUUGCAUUGCAUUUUUAAGUCGCGAAACGUCCGCCUUGAUUUCUCGAUUCCUCUUCUUUUUCCAACGGUCUACCAACAGUCGACAGGUGAUAGGCAUUGUGACGGAUGAUUCACCUGCAAUAGCUGCUGCCAUCACACAGGUCUAUCCAAAUGCCCACCAUAUUUCGUGUCGUGUACACCUUGUUCGCAAUGUGAUAAUGAGGAGGGUGCGAUCAGAAAUUAUACAACUUUUUUUGGCCUAAUGUUCAGUCGAACAAUCGAAAGUUUUAACAAUGUACUAACAUUAAUUGAAAAUUCCGACGAAACAUGUCGAUAGACAUUUAUUGAGUCAGACGACGUAGGCUUGUUCAUUUACACUUCAUGAAAAUAAUAUUUCAAAUGCUUGUCAAAAAUGGUUACAUUCGUAGUGUCUAGAUAUUUCAGGUUUCAUAUUACGGUUAACAAUAUUCACACAUGACUGAUUAAACACACUAGUUUUUAUUACGACCGAAAAAUGUAUUUUAAAAAACAGAACUACAAAUAAUUUACAAGUGCAAACAAGAAACCGUUUCAAUGGAUUUUCAAAUUAACCGUAUUGAAAUCUAACGUUUUCUAAUUCUUAUUUCGAAGGACCAUUUACAAAACAACCAUUUACUAAAUAUUCAGUGCAUAUUGCGGAAACAUUAUUACUUCUUUAAUAUUCCCUAAAUGUCGUCUCAUUAACCCAUAGUUUACGGUUCGUUCGCCGUAAUCAAUAAAUUAUCAGGAUGAUUUAUUAAUAUGUUGAUUUCUUUUUCCCAUGAACAGACCAUGUGUUCCAAAAAAAAUUAUGCACAAACUUUGGUGAUAAUUUCAUUAUUAUUUUGAUAUUCAAUAUUUGACUAUCGACCUAAUUCAGUAAGCACUAUUAUCAAAUAUUCAAACCGGUUUUCACUUUCUUUUUCCCAAAACUGGCUUUUUUAUGUGGUACUUAUAAGUAUUCGUGGCAAGAUAGCUAACGACUUCAAUUGAAGGUUGACAUUAAAUCACUUAAUCGGAAAUCAAAAAUUUAUCUCACUAUACACAUUCACUAAUAGUAGGAUUGAACUUAAGUUGGUGUUUUUUUCUUAAAAUGUCUAAAUUCUUUUCACGACUAACAUGACACAAAUAGAAUUAUUCAUAAUCAUUAAAUUUCAAAUGUAAAAAUGCAAAUUCUGACAUUCAAUCACAGCACUUGAUGCUAUUUCGAUUUCAACUAAUCAGAUUACAAAGAUGAACAGUUUACGACCAAUUACAAAAUGAUUAAAGGUGACAAAAUGUUUGUUCAUUUUCACUUCACUACACACUAGCAAAACAAGUACAUCAAUCAACGAUCAAUGAAUUUUUUUUCACACCCUACAAUUUCUACGAAAAGGAGAGUACGAAAUCUUAAUUGCCGUAGGCAUAAUGUCAACCCAAAUGUUGUUUUCUGUUUUAUGGUACGAUGUUGUCUGGUUGGUUGGUAUAUAAACAAAGUAUGUCUGAAAUACAGUGAUUCAUAUCUCAGAGGCUAAGACUGGUGUUCUGACUCAACUGGCUGGGCUAGACAGCGAAGCAAGGCCAAUCGGGACUCUAGGCCGUCCGUACGUGUUUUCCGUGUCACUGUAAUCGAUCGAUAAAUACGCUGCUCCAUCUAAACUGCAAUCCACACGUUACAACAGAAACAAUAGAUAUAAAUAAUUCACUUGGUAUUAUUUGGUUUCUAUCUUCCCAUUGAGGUUUAAGACUGCAAUUGAUCAGUCUGUCAUCAGCAUAUGUACAUACUGUGCGUAUGCCUCGAUAUUGCCUUAAUUCACAAGCUUUUUGUAAGCAAUGGUGGAUAGUGGCUAGCAGCGGAAUCCAGGUCGCGCAUUUCGU